AUGCGGUACCAAACUGAGGAAGAAGUGAGGAAAGAUUUGGAUGAAGCAACCAUGCUUUAUCUAAGCUGUCCAGACCCGACGGAAGCGGCAGCCAGAAGACAAAGGGUUUUACUCUCCGAUGUUAACGGACAGACCGAGGAAACCACAGCAGCUAUUAUGAGAGCUCAUGGUCUCCCCACUGAUCACAUGACAAUUCAAACUCAUAAAAGGCACGAGGAAGCGGAACAUGCAAGAGAACGAGUCCUACAAGAGUUACACUCGGCAGCCUUACAGUACAUGAGCAGUGCAAACCCAACAGAAGCUGCAGCUCGAAGGCAAAGAGUCACACUAGGGGAUGCUGAAGGCCAAACAGAGGACACGGCUGCAUCAAUCUUGGCUGCAGAAGAGGACCAGAGAAGAUCCCUGUCUCCUUGGGAAAGAGGGAUCAUCCCUGUGAGCCCACCAGGAAUUGAUUUCGAAACGGCAAUGCAAAAUGUGAGCUGUGAUGAACUCCCAGAACCUGAGCACAACAAAGAUAUUGAAAGACAAAAGAAGGGAGAGGAAGUAAAUCACCAGAAAGUAAGAAACGAAAGAAAGCCUCUCCAAAAAUCAAGAGCAAAGCAUUAG